AGAAACACGUUCCAACUAUGGAGUCAUGUAAUUCAUCUUUUCUUCUGAACGAUCUGCCAGAUUCGAUUAUAUUGCAAAUAUUUUGUAAAUUCACCAUGAAAGAACGUCUACUGCUGCGACGAGUGUGUUGGAAGUGGUGCCAUCUUCUCGAGGAUUACAGUCUUUGGAAGAGUAUUGAUCUCAGUGAAGACAGCUUUCUGUCCAGCAAAGUGAACAAUACCAUUCUGGAAAGAUGGAUUACUUCAUGGGGUAAAACAAUUCAGCACAUUGACGUAAGUGAUUGCAAAUGGCUCACGGAUGUAGUCAUUAAAAAAGUUGCGCAAAAUUGCGUCGAUCUCCGUAGCCUGAGCAUCGAAGGUUGUUUUCAAGUGUCAGACACAGGAAUGAACGAGAUAGCCAGGAACUGCACUCGUUUAAAAAGCCUGAACGUUUUCCUCAGCGGGGUUUCGGAGGAGGGAUUUGAACGACUUCUACAGCAGUGCCGCGACUUAGAUACUCUUAAAUUGGGGAGCCGAGGGAAUUGCCACCGUAUGAUAGUUUCUGUGUGUGGUAAUGUGAAGGAUUUGAAAGUAAUUUCAAUCCACGAUGUUAUUCCAUUUGAUGAGAGUGAACCAGUGGUAGAUGAUCUCUCCUUGUGGAAACUAUGCACGAGCUUCCCUGGGCUGACCGCCAUUGAUCUGACGUGGUGUUGCUUUAUAACCGACGAUGCCCUUUUUGCACUUCCUUUCUGCUGUCCUGGCCUCACCUCCUUCACUGUUCGGGAAUGUCAUCAGAUUUCAGAUCGCGGCAUUCGUGCAGUCUUCCAAAUUUGCCAUGUAAACUUGUCGACGGUUCAUCUAGAGCGCCUUUACAACGUUACAGACGUUUUGACUCUCGUACCCGAAGAUCUUAAUCAAUUUCCCAGCCUCUCUUACCUAAAAGUAAUUGACACAUCCAUCUCCGACAUCGGCAUUGCGAAGAUUGCCGAGAAGAGUCCGAACUUGGAAACCCUUAUCGUCGGAGAACAUUGCUUCAAUCCCUACAACGUUCACGGAGGAUUCAUCCCUUCUAUUGUAGAAACUUGUCAGAAAUUGAAGCGGUUUAAAUUGUAUUCAGGGAGAAUGAAAGACAGCUACUUGACUGCUAUCGGUGAAAAUUUAUCUUUUAUAACUGAUCUUUACCUUGGUGAUUGCCGCGACUGUACUUCAAAAGGCCUGGACACGAUUAUAACGCGCUGCCGCUGGUUACAGAUAUUACAUAUUCAAAACUGUGCCCACGUGACCAGUGAUACGUUGGUUAUUAUUUCGGAGAAUCUCAGGAACCUCAGAGAAUUGGAAAUUCUCAAUUGUAGACGUAUCACUACCUUAGACGUGUUAGAGCUAAAGAGAAAAUUACCAAUGUGUGACGUCAGGUAUUAACCCUACUCCCAGCUGGCGAUUUAUUCGGAGGAUACAUUCUUCUAAGAAGACUCUUGUGCUCAUCAUAAGUUGCGAUAGGAGAAUCUACUCUUCUAUCAAGGCAACUUCAAGGUAAUCUCAAAGUCACGCAGAUCAGCUUAGGUCGAAUAUUGCGACUUCCUCAUGCGGAGAGAUUCUAUAUGCUAAUCAGGAAACCUCUGUGGCGCUUUACAGUUCUUACGUUCCCAUGACAACUGCGUUCAAAAGGUGCCAGAAAUACCAAAUACAAAAUGCAAUGCUUGUAUUGAACGUGGAGUUGAGAAGAAGAAUUGGCGACACUUACCUGGUCUCAAAAGUCUAACUAAACGAAAGAAAACUUCCACCACCGCCUCUAAGAUUUCCAGUACACCUUUCUUUCGUCUCUUAACCUAGAUAUGCACGAGGGAAGAGUUCGAUUUCUAUAAAUUGUACUGAAUUUGUCCUCGUUUUUUGUAAUAAAGAAGAGAUAUGUUUGGUAAUAUUUCGAAAAACUAAGCCCUUGUUUAAUACGAAAAUGUUUGUGUCAACACACCCAAACCCGAAAGUUCUCUCUCCCUUCCUUGUCGCUGUUUCCUCCGAAAAGCCUACUGCUCAGGUCAUACGUUUAACAAGAUGAAAUAAGGCUCAUGUUUUGGGUCACAAAUUGAGCGUUAGGUUGAAGACGCAGAUCACCAUUUAACUUUUACUCAUCUUUGGAGGCACGGUGACCUCGUGGUUAGUGUGAUCGUCUUCGGUCGAGCGGUCU